AUGACAGAAUCCGAGGCUACCUCUUCCUGUGACGAAAAGUAUCGCUUCGUUAGAAAUCGAAGGAGCCCUACUCAUGCCUAUUCGACAGACACGUCAUCAGACGAAGAACUAUGCAUCAGUUUGCGUGACAUACGCUUUGGAAAAAGGAAUGGCGCAGACCGCGAUAGAAGAGGAGUCGACGAAUUCGAUUGCUGCUCGCGAUAUACGCCAUCGCCAGCACACAUGUCUAUGCGCGAAUUGUGCCAAGUCAUAAAAGAGGUCUCCAAUAGCAGUGGUGAAGUUGAUGUGAAACGUUUAGCAAAAUCACUAUCAAAACGAGCUCGCUUAGCAACAGAAUCAGUUCCUUUGACCGUUAUUGACAGGAAGAGAAGAGAACCGUUUGAUGGGCGCAGGAACGCAGCAGGCGAUGUUAAGCAGAAUCACACAAAUUCGAAUGAAGAGGAAUGCAAAUCAAAAACAGAAAAGCAGCUACGUACAUUUCAAAACAUGUUUGGAGGUCGAAAGAAACAAAAAAAUAAUAAAAUCAACACUUCAAUGGUUAAUACAGAGGAAAAUUUAACACCACGGAUCGAGUCCCCCAUCCAGACUCAGCUUAAGCCGGCCAACACCUAUGAAGAUCUAAUUGAUCGAGAUUUCAACAUGAUGCUGUUUAAGGUGGCCAAGGAACUAAUUAUGGAUGAAUACCAGAAGAAGAAAAACUGUGAACCUGACGAAAACGACGAGUGGUUGCGAGCCUUUGAAAUGGUGGUUAAAUUCGAUAACGCCAAAGAUAUAAGGGCCGCACAACUAAAACACGAAGAGAUGAAGUUGGAAUCGAAAUACCUCAAGAAAGGGCAAGCAAAACACUUUAAGCGAGGUAAAUACGUUGGUGGUGAGCGCAUCGACGAUGGUGUGUAUCAGGACGAAGUCACAAUGCCUGAUGAUGGAUUAGUCAACCUUGAAGGAGAGUGCCGACGUAGGAGCAAGCUCGACCAUCUUUAUGACCUAAUUUACGCCUUACGAGGUGCACCGAGAAAAGGGGACUGGAAAAAGAGCAGGUUAGCUCUGCCUUCAAACGUUGAGCAAUCCGCUGCUACCCAGUUAGUGCCUGUCUAUUUGCCAUGGGAGUUGCCCCAAAACGACCUCUAUGGUGCAUACUAUACAGACAGCUAUGGGUAUGAGAAUCAGGGAUAUUAUCAACAAUGCUAA